GGUCAACUAAUCAGUGCUGAGACACAACAGCAGGUAGCGACGUCCUGUCAACUCCAGGAGAAGAACUGGGAUAUCUGUGAAACACCGAGCUUUUACUGCUUUCACCUCUCACUUCUGUCAACUACAUUCCUCCUUUUUACUCUUUAUUUUCUACCUCCUAAAGGGCGACAAGUGGCCCUGUUGGAACCGGAGGAGGAGCGGAUCUGUGGAGUGAAUUAAAGCGACUCAGUUUCUCAACUUAACUCACCUGAACAUGGCUUCAACGACCUGCACCAGGUUCACCGACGAGUACCAGCUGUACGAGGAGCUGGGCAAGGGUGCUUUCUCUGUGGUGAGACGGUGCAUGAAGAUUUCCACGGGACAGGAAUACGCCGCCAAAAUAAUCAAUACCAAGAAGUUGUCUGCCAGGGAUCACCAGAAGUUGGAGCGAGAGGCCAGGAUCUGCCGCCUGCUCAAGCACGCCAACAUCGUGCGACUCCAUGACAGCAUAUCAGAGGAAGGAUUCCACUAUCUGGUCUUUGACUUAGUUACCGGCGGUGAGUUGUUUGAGGACAUUGUUGCCAGGGAGUACUACAGCGAAGCCGACGCCAGUCACUGCAUACAGCAGAUUCUAGAAAGUGUAAAUCAUUGCCACGUAAAUGGCAUAGUGCACAGGGACCUUAAGCCAGAGAAUUUACUGUUAGCCAGCAAGUUGAAGGGGGCAGCGGUUAAACUGGCAGAUUUUGGCCUGGCUAUUGAAGUGCAGGGAGAGCAGCAGGCAUGGUUCGGUUUUGCCGGUACACCGGGGUACCUGUCUCCAGAGGUGCUGAGGAAAGAUCCGUACGGCAAGCCAGUGGACAUGUGGGCCUGUGGCGUGAUCCUCUACAUCCUCCUGGUGGGAUAUCCUCCAUUCUGGGACGAGGACCAGCACAGACUCUACCAGCAGAUUAAAGCAGGGGCUUAUGAUUUUCCUUCUCCUGAGUGGGACACAGUGACUCCAGAAGCCAAAGACCUGAUCAACAAGAUGCUGACCAUAAAUCCAGCCAAGAGAGUGACCGCCACAGAUGCACUCAAACACCCCUGGAUCUGCCAACGCUCCACUGUGGCGUCCAUGAUGCACAGACAGGAGACUGUGGAGUGCCUGAAGAAGUUCAACGCUAGGAGGAAACUCAAGGGUGCUAUCCUGACUACUAUGCUGGCCACUCGCAACUUCUCAGUAGCCAAGAGCCUGCUGAACAAAAAAGCGGAUGGCGUCAAAAUCAACAACAAGGCCAAUGUGGUCACCAGUCCCAAAGAGCCUGUCCUCACUCCUUCUCUGGAGCCCCAAACCACUGUUAUCCACAACCCUGCUGAUGGAAACAAGGAGUCCAGUGAGAGCGCCAACACGACCAUCGAGGACGAGGACGUGAGAGCUCGUAAGCAGGAGAUCAUUAAAGUCACUGAGCAGCUGAUUGAGGCCAUCAACAACGGCGACUUUGAAGCCUACACGAAGAUAUGUGAUCCUGGCCUCACAUCCUUUGAGCCGGAGGCUUUGGGCAACUUGGUGGAGGGCACCGACUUCCACCGCUUCUACUUUGAGAAUGCUCUAUCCAAGGUGAAGCAGCCCAUCCACACCAUCCUGCUCAACCCCCAUGUCCACUUGAUUGGGGACGAGGCUGCCUGCAUCGCCUACAUCCGCCUCACCCAGUACAUCGACAGCAACGGCAUGCCUCGCACCAUGCAGUCAGAGGAGACCCGCAUCUGGCACCGCCGCGACAGCAAGUGGCAGAACAUCCACUUCCACCGCUCCGGCUCGCCCACCGUGCCCACCAAUUGAGAGGACCAUCUUUGACCACAAACACCCUCCAGCCUACAACAGUCAGCUAAACAGACCCCGCCUACCAAGUGUCUAUCAGAUUCCUCAGCCAAUCCCUGCCCACGAUAGCUAGAGCUCUGCCCACUCAGUGUGUUGUUUACAUAUUGUCGCUGCUGGACUGAAGAUUAUUGAACAUGUUAAAAAAAAAAACUAAACGAGGGUAAAACUUCAAGUCUUGACAAUAUCAUUUUGUAGUGAGAGUGUGUGGUGUUCGUUAUGGGAGUUUUUUUUUAGAUCAAUAGAAGAGGUUUUCAGAGGAACAAGUCGUUCCAGUUGAUUCAUUUUUAAUGGGCUGGUUGAAAUAUGUGAAACUUCCAGUCAUGUAGUGACAGUUUAUCAUUUAAAUAUUGCACAUAUUGAAGAUUCAUGAGCUGUUGUGAUGUUUUCGCCUUUUGGGCACGACGACCAAUAUAUCACAUAUCUGCUUUUUACUCAUGUAUCUUUUCAGAAUUUGCCGAGGUCAGGCAAAAGCUUGCUUUUGUUUUGGUGAUGUAUAAGUUUUGGUAAUUGAUGUAAAUCGCUCUCUCUUUGCUUCAUUUUUAGCAGUAUCCAAUAUGGCUAAUUUUACAAAUGUGUUUUCUGGUUUGCCAACUGGCACCAAGUAUGUUUACUAGGAAUUUUAACUACAUGUUUAAAAGGGAAAGUCAAUUGAAACAUGUUUUAUUUUGUCUGUUCGGACUUCCAUCAUCGCGGUCUCUUAUGAUAGAAUGUAUAGACCUGCAUAGAAUUCUUAAAGGCCAUUCUGUGACUCUUUCCGCUCAAUUUUCCACACAAUAAGGAGCUAAUUAUGUGAAUUUUAUCAGCUAUUUUGUUGUGUUUACUUUUGGUAUUGUGAUGUUGAUGCCUGUUCCUCCACCUAUCAUUAUUAGUGCUUUCCUUUUAAGCCCUUUCAACCUUGAUUGAGUCCCACCUUUAUUCUGUGCUACUCUACGUCCAACUGGUGUAUGCCAAUGUUUUUACAGCACCAUGUUUUUACACUGGACAAGAAUAAAGUAGAAUCAUGAUGUUGAUACUGACAGGGAAAGACAAAUUCAGCUGAAACUUUUGGUUCUGGAAGUAAGUUAGCCAUUAGUUAGUUCAUUUUUGUCACGAGGGAAUUUGAUUUUUAGCCAGAAUUACGGAGCAGUAAAUCACCAUUAUAGAUCUUGUUAUGUUACUCUAUUGUGUUAUUUUCAUAUCACUGUUAAAUGAAAGGGAAAGGGUUUUUUUGGCAUCACUUGCAGAUUCAUAUCUAAAGGUUCAUAAUUUAAAACACUGAAGAUUAGGAUGAAAAAAACAACGAAUGGGAAAUUAAACUCCAGAAUCAAAGCACAGGGAACAGUUUGAAGAUAAAGUCACAGGGUGUCCACUGAUGAUUAUGUUGGCGUUAAGGGUAUUGAGAUUUUUUUUUUUGCUUGGAAAACAGUUUGCAUUCUUUUUGUUGAAUCACAUUUGUCCCUCACACACCACAGUUUGUUUUUAUCUUUUUAAGAUGCAUUGAAAUUCCUGACGGGACACUGGUAUAUAAUGUUACCACGAUGGGACAAGCCUGAUCUAUGUUUUAGUAAUAUCGAAUAAAAUGUGUGAUUUAUGCCAAAUGA